GAUUUGUCCUCAACAUUAUUUUGACUACAUAGCAUUCCCAUGCACAAAGUGUUCAUGUUUAUUGAUGCCUUGUUAAAUUCUAAAUGCUGGAGGUAAAGCGAAGAAUAGCAUAUGCAAUUUCGACAAGCAGCUUCUCUUUAAAGUCAUGUUGACAAUUCCAUGAAUUUCGGACCAGAAUAUUUCAAUAACAGGAAAAGCCCAAAUCAUACAAACUAGUGUUUUGAAUUGUUUCUCCAAAGCAAAGGGAUUAUAACAUGCUAAUUAAACAUGCUCUAGGCUGUUCAGUAGAACAAAUUUUAAUUGCUCUAGUAAUUAUAUUUUAAAAUCAAAAUAAAUUUGUUUUAAAAUACCCUUUGCUGAUUUGCAAGGACAGAGCAUUUAUGCUUAUUCCAUAGGUCACAAAAGUAUUUAAAAUAAUUUUUUUCCGUACUACUUUCAAUCACUGGUAAAAGGAAUUUACUCCUUAGGAACCUUACUAGUUCUAAAAUAUUCAAGAAAUACAGAGUUUCAGAGCCAACAAAUGAAUUUCCAAGUAGCAAAUGCUUAGGUUGAAUCAAUGGCCAAGAAGCAUUUUGUGGUAAACCAAACUUAGUUGUGAGGUUCAGAGAUUUAAAAAACUGAACAGAGCUUAGCCAACUCAAUGCUGAAAAAUCCAUUUGCUUGGAAAAGGAAUGUAUUAGCUAACCAACGAUUCCCCAUAAAUGCAAAUCUUUUGAGAGUGUUUAACUCUAUAGGCCUUCUAAGAGGUGAUCUAGUGUAUAUUUUGACCUGAGGACUCCAGUUUGCUCAGUUUACUUCUCUCAUAUAAUGGAGUAUGUGGCUCCCUGGUUAAAACCACAUCACCAGCUACUGGGCCAGAAUUUCCACACACAAUUCAAAGUAGUGUUAUGACCUUAGAACAGCUUGAGACCAGUCUUUGAAAAACCACAUUCUACCAUGUUAAGUCAGCCUGGGUUUUAAAAUUUUCAGGAGACCUACCAUUGCUGGGCACAUCAGCAGUAACACCAGACUACUUUCUCCUCUCCUGCUUAGCACUGGAACUCCUUGGCAAGGGAGGCUCAUCUAGAUCUGUCUUCAUUGACUUCUGCUGACAAUGAUUUGGUUUUAUUAAUUUUACAGGGAAAGCAUCCCCUAUGAAGACUUUCCUGUGUAGCUCUGAACAAGAAUGGGAAUUACUCACUGUGUGCAUCUACCAAGCAAAAGGCUUCAUACUGACAGACCAGCGAUGACCAGUAGGAAUCACUUGCCUUCUUUGGGACCAUUUUGCUCCAGUAAUAUGUUCAGGAAAGUUGAAAGACUCUAUCAUCAUCUUUAUGAUAGGAGGUCCUGGCUCUGGUAAGGGGGUGCAGAGUAUCCAGCUAUCUAGUAGAUAUGAUUUCUACCAUGUGGCUAUUGGAGAUCUGCUGCGGGAAGAAGCCAGCCGGAGCACUAGCAAGGGCAAGGCCAUUAGGGACUUCCUGCUGAAAGGUGCUAUGGUGCCCUCGGGCUAUGUCUUGGACCUGCUGACUGACAAGAUGCUAAAAGCUGAAAACUCCAAAGGAUUCUUCAUUGAAGGCUUCCCCCGAGAAAUCAAUCAAGCCAGGAUGUUUGAGGAAAUCGUGGGACGUUUGCCCAACAUUGUUAUCGUGUUUGACUGCUCUACAGAGACCAUGAUCCAGCGGCUGAUGAUCAGAAGCCAACUGGGCCAAAGAGUGGAUGACCAUGAGAGAAUUAUCCGGCAGCGACUUGAGACUCACUACACACUGUGUGAACCUGUCCUCACCUACUACCUGCAGAAGAGCAUACUCCGGAAUAUCCUUGGGGAGGAACCCCCAGAAGUAGUUUUUGCCAAGUGCUGCGGUGUUGUUGAUGACGUGAUAAAAGCAGCUACCUCAACUGUAUAGCUAUUUAGUUCUACAGAAAAAGUUUUUAAGCUCUGGUCCAUUA